GGCGGGCGGAGCUGCGGGCUGGGCCGGGCUUAAGGCUGGCUCUUCUGCCAGUCUCCCUCCCGCCUUCCCACCCGCACUGCAGCCGCCAGUCUGAGCCAUGGGCUGCCCAGCCCUUCUGCUCCUGCUCCUGGCUUUCCUAGCGCCCGGGCCCGUCAAAGCCCUCCGGCCGGCCUUAAUGACCCUCGGUAGCCUGCACUUGCAAACUAACCCCACAGCCCAUCCCUUUGUGACCAAGGACUACUCGGUUCUCUACUUCCAACAGAAGAUUGAUCAUUUUGGAUUUAAUUCUGUGAAAACUUUUAAUCAGCGGUAUCUGAUAGCUAAUGAAUACUGGAAGAAAGAUGGUGGGUCAAUACUGUUCUACACUGGUAAUGAAGGGGACAUCGUCUGGUUUUGCAAUAAUACGGGGUUCAUGUGGGAUGUGGCUCAGGAACUGAAAGCUAUGUUGGUGUUUGCUGAACAUCGCUACUAUGGAGAGUCCCUACCCUUUGGUAAAAAUUCAUUCAAAGAUUCCAGACACUUGAAUUAUUUGACAUCAGAGCAAGCUCUGGCAGAUUUUGCAGAGUUAAUCAGACACUUGCAAGAAACAAUUCCAGGAGUUAAAAAUCAACCAGUCAUUGCUAUAGGGGGGUCCUAUGGUGGCAUGCUUGCGGCUUGGUUCAGGAUGAAAUAUCCCCAUAUGGUCGUUGGAGCUCUUGCAGCUUCUGCUCCCAUCUGGCAAUUUGAGGAUUUGGUCCCUUGUGGUGUGUUUAUGAAGAUUGUAACUUCAGAUUUUAAGAGAAGUGGUCCAUAUUGUUCGGAGACCAUCCGCAAGUCCUGGAACGUCAUUAAUCAACUCUCAACUACAAGCAGAGGCUUACAGUACCUUACUGAAGUCCUUCAUUUAUGCACCCCGUUAACUCCUCGGGACGUCCAACAUUUAAAAGAUUGGAUUGCUGAAACCUGGGUGAAUCUGGCGAUGGUGGACUACCCUUAUCCAUCUAGCUUUUUGCAGCCUUUACCUGCUUGGCCAAUUAAGGUAGUGUGCCAGUAUUUGAAAAAUCCCAACGUUUCUGAUUCACUGAUGAUACAGAAUAUAUUCCAAGCUCUGAAUAUCUAUUAUAAUUAUUCUGGUGAGGCGCAAUGCCUGAAUGUUUCAACAACAACAACCAGCAAUUUGGGAUCCCUGGGUUGGAGCUAUCAGGCUUGUACAGAAAUAGUCAUGCCUUUUUGCACUAAUGGUAUUGAUGACAUGUUUGAACCCCACGCAUGGAACUUGAAGGAAUUUUCUGAUGAAUGUUUUAAACAGUGGGGUGUGAGACCAAGCCCUUCCUGGAUCACUACCAUGUAUGGAGGCAAAAACAUCAAUUCACACACGAACAUUGUUUUCAGCAAUGGUGAACUAGAUCCCUGGUCAGGAGGUGGAGUGACUGAGGACCUCACAGACACUUUGGUUGCCUUCACCAUCUCAGAGGGGGCUCAUCAUUUAGAUCUCCGAGCCAGCAAUGCCUUAGAUCCCAUAUCUGUGCAGUUAGCCCGCACCUUGGAAACUAAACACGUGAAGAACUGGAUCAGAGAUUUCUAUCGCUCAGGACUGCAGCACUGAGAGACUUUGGAUCAUUUUCAUUUUCUUCUUUUAUGUUCACACCACCCACAUUCCCCUUUACUUUGGUUUUCUAUGUGUAAUUACUUUCCCUCAUUUAUCAUUAGUUUUGGUAGGAGCAAGGUUGAGAUAGGAGAGAGGGUGAUGGUGGUGGCGCAGCCAUCCCACAAGUGUGAUUUCUGGGUCCUCGCUGUCUUUGCACCACCUCCAGGAAGAAUUUCUUCGUGAUCGCUCUCCCACACCACCAGCGGGCCCUUGUAAAUAGAACAGAGUUCCAGACCACCUUUCAUAAGAGAGAGAGAGAGUCACUUCCUUUGUUUCUCUGCAAAUGGAGAGUUCUCCUUGGUUUUGAGGUUGAAGUCUCUGGCCCAUUUAUAAGUCCCCACCUCUACCCUCCAAAAAGGAAAAACAGAAGUUACAUAAAAAUGAUGUAAUUGCAGCUGGUAGGAAGGAUGUCUGAUGCCAAUCCAGGAAAUGGGAGCCAUUUCUUUUGUACUUGAUUUAAUGACUUUGAACUGUGCUAUAAAUAAAGAAUAGGCUGGACCUUA